CGGCGGGGGUCUCACUUCCGGAGCAAGAUGGCGGCCACGGAGGACGAGCGGCUGGCGGCGGGCGGGGAUGGCGAGCGGCUGGACUUCCUGCGGGACCGGCACGUGCGGUUCUUCCAGCGCUGCCUCCAGGUCCUGCCCGAGCGCUACUCUUCGCUGGAGACCAGCAGGUUGACAGUUGCGUUUUUCGCUCUCUCCGGGCUGGAUAUGUUGGACUCCUUAGACGUGGUGAACAGAGGUGACAUAAUAGAGUGGAUCUACUCCCUGCAGGUGCUCCCCACCGAAGACAGAUCAAACCUAAAUCGCUGUGGUUUCCGAGGCUCUUCCCACCUGGGCAUCCCCUUCAAUCCGUCCAAGAAUCCUGGAACAGCUCAUCCUUACGAUAGUGGCCAUAUAGCAAUGACCUACACCGGCCUUUCAUGUUUAGUUAUUCUUGGAGAUGACUUAAGCCGCGUAAACAAAGAAGCUUGCUUAGCUGGCCUGAGAGCCCUGCAGCUGGAGGAUGGGAGCUUCUGUGCAGUUCCGGAAGGCAGUGAAAAUGACAUGCGGUUUGUGUAUUGUGCGUCCUGUAUUUGCUAUAUGCUCAACAACUGGUCAGGCAUGGAUGUGAAGAAGGCCAUCAGCUACAUCCGCAGAAGUAUGUCCUACGACAAUGGGCUGGCCCAGGGAGCCGGACUUGAAUCUCACGGAGGAUCAACUUUCUGUGGCAUUGCCUCCCUGUGUCUGAUGGGCAAGUUGGAAGAGGUGUUUUCAGAAAAGGAGCUGAACAGGAUAAAGAGGUGGUGCAUAAUGCGGCAGCAGAACGGCUACCAUGGGCGGCCCAACAAGCCUGUGGACACCUGCUACUCCUUCUGGGUGGGAGCGACCCUGAAGCUCCUGAAGAUUUUCCAGUACACUAACUUUGAGAAAAACAGAAAUUAUAUCUUAUCAACUCAGGACCGCCUCGUAGGGGGAUUUGCCAAGUGGCCGGACAGCCAUCCAGAUGCUUUGCACGCGUACUUUGGGAUCUGCGGGCUAUCUCUCAUGGAGGAGAGCGGCAUCUGCAAAGUCCAUCCUGCCCUGAACGUGAGCACACGGACGUCAGAGCGCCUUCGAGAUCUCCAUCGCGCGUGGAAGAGCCAGGGCUGCGCGCAGAGCUCGGAGCACGUGCAGGUGGAGACGUGACGGCGGCAGGCCGGGCGCGGAGCACGGCUGCAGCACAAGGCUAGAGGCCACGUGCGACCAAGUGUGCUCCUCCGCAGAGAGCCAUGCCACCAUGCGGUGCAGGCUGGCGCCAGCAACCUUCCCACCAGGCUUCAGGAAAGCCUCGGUUGAAGUUUGAACCACAGCAGUGGAUGUUGUUUGGUUCUUAAAUGUUACACUGUAUUUUUAAGAAAUUCUUUGAGGCAAAUCAACUGUGUGGAGGUAGGUUAUCUUUUUAAAACGCUUUGGUACAAAUUAUAUCUUAAAAUAUGGACACAGAUCUUCAAACCAGUUUACACUUCACUCAGCAUUGAUAACCCUCAAGUGGCAAUGACUGUUUAACAGUCCUGACUGGUGCCGGUUGGGGAAAGAUGGCUUUACUGAAUCAUGUGUCAGGAUCAUUCUUCAAAAAGAGAUGAUCCCAUCAUUUUUUUUUUUUAAGAAUGACUUGUUUUAUUCUUCAGUGUGCCAAUUAAAACUUUUGUGGCCUAUAAAAAUGAAAUUGUUUGUAACAAGAAUAAAUAGGUGCAACUAAUACUUUAGUUUUCUAAAGGGAAAUUGUUUUCAGAGGACUAUUAUGUAAGUGAGAGAAAAGUAACCUGACUGAUUAUAAAAGAGAAAGUUUUGUGUUCUGUGAGUCUUUAGACAUUACUGGUGUGAGUAUCGAUGUGUGGGGUUUUUAAAUCUGAUGCAUUCACUGCCUUCUAAGGGCAGUGGGAGGGAGACACUUUUUUAGAAGGAAAGACAGUGAGAGUUAUUUUUCUGAGAUUUUUGAUACUGUAAAUUAUACUUGUUCUUUUAUAACUAAGUGAUUUUUAGCCAUUUGGAGAUUUUCUUCCUUUUUAAAAAAAUUUUUUUGUUGCUCUCAGUGUAUAAACUGCUCUAAUUUUAAACUUCCAGUUUGAGCAUCCUUAAAUUCAAAAUCCAAACUCUGAAAUGCUCUGAAACGCAAACUCUGCGUACCUACGGGACCCCCCGAGUGGAAAGUUUCAUAGACCAAACAUGCAGGCAUGCUGAAACUACCUUUAGCUGCUGGUAUCAUCAGUCAGCUUUGUACUUAACCUUGGAUCCUGUCCGUGAGAUGCGAUGUGGAUACGGAAAGCCCAGAUCUGAAACCCUUGUGGUCCCAAGCAUUUUGGAUAAGGGAUGCUUAAUCUACAGUAAUUUUUCUUUUUAGUUUAAAGAGUUCAAAUACAAAAAGGGAACCACUCAAGUAAGCUUCAUGGUGCGGCUCCGUGCAUGUCAUUUCUAUUUUUAUAUUUUAGGUAAGUGCUAGGGAGAUACAGAACCAUCCAGAGCUUAAGAACGUUAGUUUGGUUUAAUUCGUUGUUUUGUCUUCAUUCUGUGAACUCACUCGUCCUAAAGGAGCUAGGGUAAAAACGGCUCCACGCGAGCUACCAGCUCAGCACACACCACGGCCUUCAGCUCAGGUAGGCAGACAGGCAGGAGUCCAGUCCUGAAAUGGAGAAAGAAAAUUCUCCACGGGAAGAGCCAGGCUUCCAUCAGUCCAAUAAUAAAAAUUGAAUUGUUCUACAGACUUCAAAAGCUAAAUGAUUAGGAACACUAGGUACCGUAUUUUUUAGGUAUAGGCAUUUUUAAUUUACUUUUAUUUCUUUUCUGAGACAUGCCCUAAAAUAAAACCCUUCUAAAAGGAAGUGCGAAUACUUGAAACAGUCA